AUGCCUAUGAAUAAGAACAUCCCUAUUUCUAUCUCUAUGUCUAUGAAUAAAUUCAAGCAACAAUCUUUACCAAAUGGCCAAAAACCUAAUUUUGGUCAUUCUCCUUCUCAUUCACAUUCUCAUGCACACGCACACGCACACUCACACGCACAUCUAAACCAGCAUCCAAAUACUCAUUCCUCUUCUUAUACUAAAGGGGCAGUGACAAACUUUAACAGUGUUAUUCAUCAAAAGAAAACUCACAACAAUGAGAACAAUAGGAACAAAAACUAUUUCAAGAAUUCAAAAAAUAACGAUAAUAAUAAUAAUAAUAAUAAUAAUAAUAUAUUAUAUUAUUAUCCUUCACCAUUGCAUUCGUCUACGUCAUCAUCUUCAUCUAUCUCAUCGUCGCCAUCAUUUAGUCAACCUAAUACAUCUUUUGCAGGUAGUACAUUUGCAAAUAAUAUACCAUUAGAAUCAAGUCUACCAAAACCUAGUUUUGUUUGA